GUUGUUUCUGACGUGUACUGUCAUGUCAUAUGCAUGAAAAUAAAAGUAACUUUUAAAUGUCAAAUACUACCUGAUGUGAUACGUCAAAACUAAAAUUAAUGGUUCUCCUAGAGCUGGUGUUGGAGACGUGUAUUAUUUUGAAAUGUUAACACAUUUUCGAGAGGUUAACAAUGGCACUCCCUGGAAAUGGAAUUUUUGUUGUCAAAGGAGAAAUUUCGAAUUUAAUGGCGCAAAUGAAAAGAGGCGCAAGAUGGUCUUCGCAUUCUUAUCAAGACGAUGAUGUCGAUUCUUUGCUAAGAAACUUUCAAGAAUUGAGAGACAUUUUAGACAAUGUAGAGGAUUUGCGAUUUGUGGAACCAAAUACGUUUUUAGCCCCAUUUCUAAAUGUUAUUCGAUCUGAAGAAACUACGGGGCCAGUUACCAGUCUUGCCCUCACAGCUGUUAAUAAGUUUCUAUCUUAUGGAUUAUUAGAUCCUGGGCACACCUCUAUUCCCCAGACAAUUCAUAGCAUAGCAGAUGCUGUUACUCAUGCCCGGUUUGUCGGUACAGAUCAAUCAUCAGAUGGAGUAGUCCUAAUGCGGAUUUUACAAGUCCUCAGAACAUUGACUUUAUCGCCAGAGGGCGCGGCCUUAACCAAUGAGAGCCUUUGCGAGAUUAUGCUAUCUUGUUUCCGAAUAUGUUUUGAAACAAGAUUAGUUGAUUUGUUAAGAAAAACAGCCGAGCAUUAUUUAAAAGAUAUGGUACAACUAAUUUUUAUGAGAUUACCUCAAUUUUGUGAGGAUUUGAAGACAUCUUAUAUAAAACAACUUAAGAUGAAACCUGGAGCUUUAGAUCAAACUCGCACUAAGAGAAAAAAACAGUAUUCUUCACACAAGAAAGAUAAGCUUGAAAGUGAUGUUCCUAAGAUUCCUCAAGUAAAUUUAGCUACUGUUGCGCAGAGUACUAUAGUUGAUAUGCAAGGCUCAUUACAAAACUCUGACUCAUCUACUAACAAUAUUUCAAAUGCUAGUCCAAAAGAAGUUUCUCCAUGUGAUGUAGAUAUUACAAUAGACAGUUCUAAUGUUGUUAAUGAAAACCUAAAAAGUCCUGACACAAUAACUCCAAGUACUGAAGAAGUAGCAGAAAUCAAACCAUCCAUAGAAGAAGAAGUUUCUGAAGAACCAACUCAAAUUAACCAUAAUAAUCAAGAUUAUGUCAAUCAAAGAGGCAUUAGAUUCACACCACAACCACAGCCAGAAAUUAACUUAUCGCCAUAUGGAUUGGCAUGUGUAAGAGAACUACUUAGGUUCCUGAUAAGCCUUUGUAAUCCUUUAGACAAGCAAAAUACUGAAAUAAUGAUUCAUUUGGGGCUCACCUUAUUGACAGUAGCAUUUGAGAUAAGUGCUGAUAAUAUAGGGAAAUAUAAUACAUUACUGGCACUUGUAAAGGAUGACUUGUGUAGGAACUUAUUUUCUCUUAUGAAUACAGAAAGAUUGACUAUAUUCGCGCUAGACUUACAAGUGUCUUUUUUAUUAUUUGAAUCACUACGAACUCAUCUCAAAUUUCAGUUAGAACAUUAUUUGAAGAAAUUGAUUGAUAUAAUUUUAAGUGAUUCCCCUAAAGUUACUUAUGAACAUAAAGAGAUAGCUUUGGACAAUAUAUUGCAGUUGUGGAGGAUACCUGGAUUUCACACUGAAUUAUAUAUUAAUUACGACUGUGACAUGUACUGUGCAAAUUUAUAUGAAGAGUUGACCAAAUUGUUAGCAAAAAAUUCUAUGUCAUCUACUUCCGGAGUAUAUCACACUCAUUUGUUAUCAUUAGACGCCCUAUUAAUUAUUGCUGAAGGUAUUGAGAGUAGGUGCAGUGAGGAAAAAAGCAAAACUGAUGUGGAAAAUGAAGAUUUAAUUCAACAAUCUAAUGAUGUCACCUAUUUUAUUGGAAAGUCGUCUAGAAUCAAAAUUUCUGAAUAUGUGCCAAAGAAAGAAGAGCUAGCUGCAAAGAAGAGUAUUAAGAAAUGGUUGCCACAGGGUACUGAAUACUUCAAUCAAAAACCAAAAAAAGGUAUACAGUUUCUUCAAGAACAUGGUGUUUUGAAGCCAGAACUAGAUAUAAACGAAAUUGCUACAUUUUUGAGAGAAAAUCCAGCUUUGAACAAAGCAAUGAUUGGGGAAUAUAUCAGCAAUAGAAGUAACCUUAAAAUAUUACAAGCUUUUGUAGAUACGUUCAAUUUCACAGGUGUUAGGAUUGAUGAAGCAUUGAGGGCUUUUUUGGAGACUUUUAGGCUACCGGGCGAAGCUCCUACGAUCUCUCUAAUCUUGGAACAUUUUGCUGAAACAUGGCAUAAGAGUAACAAUGAACCAUUUGCCGACGUUGAUUCAGCUUUCACAUUGGCUUACGCCAUCAUCAUGUUAAAUGUGGAUCAACAUAAUGAGAACGCCAAGAAGCAAACCACCCCUAUGUCAGCUAGCGCGUUUAAAAAGAAUCUUAAAGGCGUUAACGGUGGCAACGAUUUCGACGAAGAAAUGCUUGACGAUAUUUAUACUACAAUAAAAAAUGAAGAAAUAAUUAUGCCAGCAGAACAAACGGGUUUAGUUAGAGAGAACUAUUUUUGGAAGUUGUUGUUAAGAAAGGGUCAGACAAAAGAUGGGAUUUAUAUUCAUGAUAAUAGUGGAACUUACGAUUCAGAGCUAUUUCAUAUUGUGUAUGGACCUAUUGUAGCUGCGUUAUCAUCUAUUUAUGAGAAAACUGAAAGUGAGAGUGUUCAUAAAAAAGUCAUGCAAGGUUUUGAAAAAUGUGCUUCUAUAGCAGCUAACCUCAAUAUGUCUAUAAAUUUAGAUAUGCUCAUUCUGAGUAUUAGUAAGUUCACAAUAUUUUACAACCAACAGAAGCAAAAUAAUAUUGUAGUUCAAUUUGGAAUGAAUUUCAAAGCUCAGUUAGCUCUGAGGACAGUCUUUUCUCUAAUACAUCAGCAUGGAAAUACAAUGAGGGAAGGAUGGAAGCAUUUAUUUGAUCUCUUAUUAGCUUUGUACAGCAAUGGGUUGCUAUCAAAAACAUUUAUAGAAGUUGAAGACUUUAUAGAACCUACUGGGAAACUGUUACUAGUCUACAAAGAAGCUCCAUCUGCUACCAAACAAGACACCGGUCUUUUAAGUUCAAUCUAUUCUUACAUGGUAUCCGCGGAGAACUUAUCGAAAAUACCAACUCCAGAAGAACAGAAUUAUAUCGACGCUGCUAAAGAAUGUAUAAAAGAUUGCAAUUUGGAACAAAUGAUAACUGAUUCUAAAUUCCUUCAUGAGGAAGCUUUAUUUGAACUUGUGCAAACAUUGAUUGACUUAUCUCGAGGUCCGGACGUUCAUGAAAGCGUUGCAUACGAUUACAAUGAUAAUGUAACUGUAUUUUUUCUGGAGCUGCUAAUAAAGGUUGUUAUACAGAAUAGAGAUAGAGUGAUGACUGUUUGGCAGAAGGUUCGAGAUCACAUUUACACUUUGGUCAUGAAUGCGUCAGUAUUUGAUUUUCAGUUUCUCUUGGAACGGUCAGUAAUUGGACUAUUACGGAUAGCGAUUCGUCUAAUGAGGAAUGAAGAAAUGAGUCACAUAGUACUACAAUCGUUAAGGAUGCUUCUUCUAUUAAAAAGUAGUACUUUAUCAAGAAUAUCCAGGCAAAUAUCAUUCGGUUUAUAUGAACUUUUGAAAACGUCUGCCCAAAAUAUCCACACAAAUACAGAUUGGACGAUAAUUUUCACAUUAUUGGAAUGCGUUGGAGCCGGAGCUCAACUACCUAAACCAAUUACCUCCGCUGAAGAAUCUGAGUUGAAAACUAAAUCCGAUGGAGAAACGUUCGAUUCCCAUGAAGAGGAAGGUGCCCAAUCUGAUUCAGAUGGAACUAAAAGUCCUAAAAGUGGUGUUCAUAGAUCUCAGAGUCCUGUUAGUGUGGUCACCUCGCCAAUAGGAACUCCUAACACGGGUGGAUGGAUUUUGGUAGGCAAUGAAGGUGAAAUCCAACCAGUCCUCGGUCGUACCGUUCCCCCCACUCAAUACGGACUCGCUUUAGAAAAGAACCUCGGCAACCACGACCCUCGAAGCAUGAUGAAAUGCUGCGAAAGUCUCGCUUUUUUGGUGCGAGAUGUUGCCCACAUAACACCUUAUAAUUUCGACGUAUGUGUGCAUUGCAUAAGAACAUUUGUUGAAGCUAGUUUGCACGGUGUUAAUUGUAGAAGAACCAGAGACUCUAGAUCGAGAAAAAAAACUUAUGAAAGAAACAGAAGUAGAAAAAGUCCAACGAGUAGUCAGGAAGAAGAAGAAAGUGAUGAUGAAAACAUUCCAAGUGGUUACCACCAAAUAUCGAUACAAUUAUUAGAUUUAAUGCAUACAUUACAUACUAGAACAGCCCAGAUAUUUAAAUGGUGGGCUGAAGAAGGAGGAGAAAUAUCCCAGGAUACAUCUCUGUGGACACAAGGAUGGUGUCCCCUUUUACAGGGUAUAGCCAGAUUGUGCUGUGAUACAAGAAGGCCUGUUAGAAUGAGUGCAAUAACUUAUCUACAGAGAGCACUGCUAGUACAUGAUUUGCAAACUCUAAGCGGUUCCGAAUGGGAGCAGUGCUUCCAAAGAGUAUUAUUCCCCUUAUUAAGUUACCUUUUACAACCUGUAAAUCCUAAGGACGCUAUAGCUAUGGAGGAAACUCGGAUACGAGCUGCCACAGUAUUAUCUAAAGUGUUUUUACAUCAUUUGAAUCCUCUACUUUCCCUGCCUAGUUUUUUCAACCUUUGGUUAAUUGUUUUGGAUUUCAUGGACAAAUACAUGCACGCUGACAAAAGUGAAUUAUUGUAUGAAGCCAUUCCGGAAAGUUUGAAAAAUAUGCUACUGGUGAUGGACUCCGCAAAAGUAUUCGACGGACCUGAUGGAAAAAAUAUACUGUGGAACGCAACUUGGGAUAGGAUCAGCAAGUUUCUUCCAAAUAUGAAAGACGAUUUGUUCAAAGAAAUCGAAGAUCAAUUGAAGAAGAACGAGGGAGUGGCAAAUGAUAAAAUAGUAAAUAACGAGGAAAAUAAUGCGAUAAGUAAUGAGAAAUUAAUAAAGUGUUAGGGUUAUAUUUGUGAGAUAUAUACUAGGUGUAAAUCUUUAGUUGUAAUAUAUUAAGAAUAUAUUUAUGGACAAAAAAAUCAAUGAGAGUAAAUUUGUAUCAAUAAAAUUGAGAGAAUGUUGUAUUUUGAAAUCUUUAUUUCGAUGUAUAUGUUGUAUUUAUUAAAUUAUCAUUUUAACAAA